AUGAGCCGCGUCGUCUCCGCGCGCCGCGCCGCCCGCCACGGCUGCCGCCUCUACUCCUCCUCGGCGUCGGAGGUGUGGGACGGUGACCACGGGCGACGCCAUGAAGGUCGACUUCCCGGAGUUCGACGUCUGCGUGUCCAACAUCCCCUACGCGAUCUCCUCGCCGCUAACCGCCAAGCUGCUGUUCGGCUCCUACCGGUUCCGGACGGCCACGGGGAGCACAACCACCUGGCGACCAACGUGCGCCUGGUAGCGGACGUGAGCCUGCUCAUGGACGUGAGCAAGGCCGACUUCGUGCCCGUGCCCGGGGUGGACUCCACCCUCGUUGAGAUCCGGAUGAAGGAGGUCCGGCCGACGGAGGUGGAGCCGGGGAUCAGCCUCGACGAGUGGCUCGAGUUCACGCGCGCGUGUUUCGGACAGCACCAGCUGCAGGAGCAGAAGAAGAAAAAGAAGAAAGAGAAGAACCUAGGCACCAUCUUCAAGCAGAAAGAGAUGGUCAUGGACCUCUUCAGGCUAUCUCGAAUAGAUGAGGAACGCAUCGGCAAUGCCAGUAGCAGCGGCCGUGGUGCGCCUCGUGACGAAUAUGAUGCCGAUGAUCGCGAAAAUGAUGAACAUCCCUGCAAUGGAGAAGGUGGUUUCAGCAAGGAAGAGUUCGUGGUGUUCAAGGAGAGGAUUGCUGGAACAUUGCAGUCGGCCAGGCUCAACAACGAAAGGCCAUCGAUGUUGUCCAACGAGGACAUGAUGAGGUUGCUCCGCUUGUUCAUCAAACGGGGGGUGCGGUUCCAUUAG